AUGGCUGGUCCUUCUAUGCUUCCAACGCUCGACAACAGUGGCGAACUGGUCCUCGAAAGCAUUCUCCCUCAUCGGUUAUUUCCUAAUCAACUUGGAAGAGGGGAGCUUAUAACCUUGACAUCACCCGUUGAUCCCUCUCGCAUUAUUUGCAAAAGGGUAAUUGGCCUUCCGGGUGAUGUAGUUUGCGUCGAUCCAACUGGGCUCAAAGCUCAUUCGACCGAGCAUGUUCUCGUUCCCAAAGGGCACAUUUGGGUUGCUGGUGACAACGCUGCCUGGUCAAAAGACUCGCGCGAUUAUGGUCCUGUGUCUAUGGCCUUAGUAAGAGGCAGAAUCGCUGCCAGGAUUUACCCGCUCAACCGGUUCACCGUCUUCUCUAAGAACGCGACUUACAUCGAACAUUGA